AUGCCUUCGGCGCGGCGAUCCUCACAAGCCGCAACGGCAGCGACUGCAUCGACCGAUUCAGCUAAGUCCAACGACAAAACAGCAAAAGCAGCAGCGUCCUCCUCUUUAGCAGCUUCGACAGCAAUAGCAGCUUCCACAGCAACAGCACCAUCGACACCAGAGCCGGCAAAAGCAUGUCCUUCGGCUACAACAAAAAACCAGCCCUCAGCGUCCCCAUCUCAUCAAGACAAGAAGGAAGAAGCCUCCACCGACGCACACCUUGAACUUCUCACCGAGCACUUUGGCUACAACCCAAAGUCAUUCAUCGACGCGCUCGUCUACCUCUCCAACGAACACCUGUACAGCAUUGCGACCGAGUUCGAAAAUGUCGUCAUGAACUUGUUGAAAGAUGUCGACAGUGGGGAGCUCGAAGCGGAGCAAGGUAUCCAUGGAAUCCUGACGCUCAUGGAGAACGCAUUGGACCACACGCUCGACACUUUUGAGCUUUACUGCUUCCGCUCCGUCUUUGGCAUUCGCCCACGUCAGGCCAAAUAUAUGACCUUGGAUCAUCAUCGCGGCUUGGAUCUCCGAGCGCAACAGGCAGGUGGAGCGAGUACCUCCAAAGCACAGCCCAAGCCAUCGCGGAAGAGUCUCGUCGGAGCUUGGUCGAAUCUCAGUGCCAAGGAAACAAGUUAUCAGCUUGGAGAGACUGAAGAUUCGCUCAAGCGCCAAAUUGCUGCAGCGAGAGCAACACAGCACAAGCUCCUUCUAGCGCAGAAGGCAACACAAGAGAGUCUCCAUCGCGUGAUCCAGCUCGCCGAACGUUUCGCAGCGGUCCUCUACGCUGACGACAAAGCCAAUAUCUCCACCAUUUCCGACAAGUUCAAGCCAGCAGUCCCUGUGCUCACUGAAACCUUCGGCCAACACGCAGGCAAGCUCAAAGCCGACACCAUCCCGCUUCUCAGAGCACUUCAAGAGCUUCGUGCUGCUGAUCCACUGGGUGCACCGCUCUACUCGCCUGCUGGGCCUGUCAAGCGAAAUGCAGGCGACGGUGAAGGAGAUGACGACGGUGCAGGCGCGGAUGCCAGAGCUUGGGAACGUGGACGUGAGGGAUACCUCAACUGGGAGGCUGACCGCAUUAUCGCCAAGAGCAAACGCGGUGCUGCUGGUGGAAGCAAUACCUCCACGACAACCUCUGGUGCAACGGUGACAGCUGCAGACGCAGAGCAAGCUACAGACGCUACUUUGCCUGCCGAGGAUGACUCCAAAACGCCCAAACGAAAACGAUCAAUCGCCGGCGCACCAACAUCGUCCAAGAGAAGAACACCAGGGACUGCUACCCGAUCCCGCUCGUAG